CUAUAGAGAUGCAACAGAAGAAGCAGCUCAGACUCCCAGCUUGUUAGCUGCUGUCUCUGAUAUAGGAGUUUAGGUUUAUAACCAUGUAUUUUAUAUAACAACAAUUAUGUUGAAGGUGUCCGGAUUGAUUUUUUAGCCCUGAAUAGAUCGUUAUUUAGGGAAAAAAAUCUAAUUUGUUGUAUAAUAUGAAGCUGGCUCGUGUUUGUUGAUGCUGUUACUGUUAGCUUAGAGCUAGCCUCCUCAUUGAACUGCUGUAUUAAUAAAUGGGGCUCUGCAGCUAUAGCUAGCUGUUUUCAGUUGCUAAAGCUAAGAAGCGCUGUUAGCAGCCAUAGCUUCAGAGUCACUGGUGUUAGCAGCGAUCAUAUGACAUCCUGAGCAGCUCGCUGUGUCCGAGGAAUGGUUCGGCUUGUUGUUUGAUGGGGCUGCUGAGAAGCACGAUGCCACCCAAGAUCCAGCUGCUAGCCGUCCUGGCUUUUGGAGUGGCCAUGCUGCUGAUAGAGAACCAGAUCCAGAGACUGGACGAGUCCAGAGCCAAACUGGAACGGACCAUUGCCCGGCACGAGGUGGCUGAGGUCGAGCUGCGGCACAGCGAAGACGCCGUAGGACCCGACCCGGCGCCUCCGGUUGAAAAUGACGACACGGUCAUCAUCUACAACAGAGUGCCCAAGACGGCCAGCACUUCCUUCACGAACAUCGCCUACGACCUCUGCAGCAAGAACCGUUUCCAUGUGCUGCACAUCAACACCACCAAAAACAACCCUGUCAUGUCUUUACAGGACCAGGUGCGCUUUGUUAGGAACGUCACCUCAUGGAGGGAGAGGAAGCCUGGCUUCUACCAUGGCCACGUCGCUUAUCUGGACUUCUCAAAAUAUGGUGUGAAGGGUAAACCCUUGUACAUAAACGUGGUGCGGGAUCCAAUAGAGCGACUUGUGUCCUACUACUACUUCCUGCGCUUCGGAGACGACUACAGACCAGGCCUCCGACGCAGGAAACAAGGCGAUAAGAAGAGCUUUGAUGAAUGCGUCUCAUCAGGAGGGUCGGAUUGUGCUCCAGAGAAACUUUGGCUGCAGAUCCCGUUCUUCUGUGGUCACCAUUCAGAGUGCUGGAAUGUAGGCAGUAGAUGGGCUCUGGAGCAGGCCAAGUAUAACCUGGUGAACGAGUAUCUGUUGGUUGGAGUAACUGAGGAGCUGGAGGACUUCAUCAUGAUCCUGGAGGCGGCUCUGCCACGCUUCUUCAAGGGAGCAACAGAGCUCUACAGGACAGGUAAAAGGUCCCAUUUAAGGAAGACCACGGAGAAGAAGCCCCCCACCAAAGAGACCACCACCAAGCUGCAGCAAUCCGCCAUCUGGAAGAUGGAGAACGAGUUUUACGAGUUUGCGCUGGAACAGUUCCAGUUUGUGCGCGCUCACGCCGUCAGGGAGAAGGACGGCGAGCUGUACGUGCUGGCUCAAAGCUUCUUCUAUGAAAAGAUCUACCCCAAGGCGAACUGAGAGGGAGGCAGUUAACGACGUCACUGGAUCGGAUGGAGGAUGCUCCUUUGAAUUUCAACAGGAAAUAUGGCAGAAAUGUUUUUUUUUUUAUCUACAGUAUUUGAAGCGUCUUCGCUGUGAGAGGAUUUCCUCCUCAGGUAGUGAGAGACGUUAAACCAAGACGUAAACGAGGUCAACCACUUCAAACUUGAUCUGAACUGAAUGGAAAGAAGAUUCUUCUGCUUAAAGCACCUCAAUGAAACUUGUUUACGAAGUUGUUUUGGGUCAUAGAUGUAUUUGUACAUAUUGAAUUCACAGAGUUAAACUCACUUAAGGACCAAAAGGUGGAGGGAAAAUAAAACAGGCAGAAACGAACGGACCGAUGCAUCAUUUGUUAGAUUAUUCAGCAUCGUCUGAUUUUAUUUUACUUUAACUUUCAGUGUUUUUUCACAGAAACUGUGCUUUGUUAGCUGCUAAUCUAGGAGCUGGAGCCAGGCGCUAAUAUGCCUUUAAUCCAGGGUUGAACUACAGGGUGAGAUUAGCCAUGAUGAGACUGAUAGUGCCUUUAGGAUGAUAGACCUUUUUUUAUUUUGUCACUCAUUCCUGUAUUCCCACUGAACUCUUUGUUGAUUACCACUUCCUAAAACAACAUUGGGACAUAAAAAAAUGAAUG